AUGGGGCCCGUGGACACUUCCGAACGCUUGUCGAAGCUCAGGCAGUUGAUGAGGGAGCACAAGGUGGAUGUAUACAUCGUUCCCUCAGAAGAUAGCCAUCAGUCGGAAUACAUUGCGCCGUGUGAUGCUCGUCGAGAGUUUAUUUCUGGUUUCUCUGGUUCGGCCGGCACUGCCCUUGUGUCCAUGACCAAAGCGGCUUUGUCUACAGACGGGCGAUACUUCAAUCAAGCUUCCAAGCAGCUGGACCAAAACUGGGCUCUUUUGAAACGAGGGGUUGAAAAUGUUCCGACUUGGCAGGAAUGGACGACCGAGCAAGCGGAGGGUGGUAAAGCCGUUGGUGUGGACCCGGCCUUGUUCACAGCUUCGGAUGCGCGCAAACUCGCCGAGACCUUGGAGAAGAACGGCUCCUCGUUGGUGGGAAUCCAACAGAACCUGGUCGACCUGGUCUGGAGCAAGGACCGGCCUGCAGCUCCAAGAGAACUGGUCAAAGUCCACCCGCUGAAAUAUGCGGGAAAGAGCUUCCAGGAGAAAAUCGGCGAUCUCCGUAAGGAGCUUGAGAACAAGAAGAAAGCUGGAUUUGUUAUCUCCUUGCUCGACGAGAUUGCGUGGUUGUUUAACCUGAGAGGAAACGAUAUCCCAUACAACCCCGUCUUCUUCGCGUACGCCAUCGUCACACCCACCACCGCCGAGCUCUAUAUCGACGACGACAAAUUGACCCCGGAAGUUAAGGCUCACUUGGGCCAAGACGUUAUAAUCAAGCCUUAUGACUCUAUCUUUGCCGACGCCAAGGCCCUUAGCGAGUCCAGGAAGCAGGCUGUAGGGGAGGAAGGUGCCAAGUUCCUGCUGUCCAACAAAGCCUCAUGGGCGCUGAGCCUCAACUUGGGGGGCGAGGAACAGGUUGAGGAAAUCCGCAGCCCUAUCUCGGACUCUAAGGCUGUCAAGAACGAAACAGAACUCAAUGGAAUGCGGACUUGCCAUGUCAGAGACGGCGCUGCUUUGACGGAAUACUUCGCUUGGCUUGAAAACGAAUUGAUUAACAAGAAGUCGACCCUUGAUGAAGUCGACGCUGCGGACAAGCUGGAGCAGACUCGGGCUAAGCACGACCUUUUCGUCGGCCUGUCAUUCGACACCAUUUCUUCUACCGGUGCCAACGCAGCGGUCAUUCAUUACAAGCCCGAGAAGGGGGCUUGCUCCAUCAUUGAUCCCAACGCCGUCUACCUGUGUGACUCUGGUGCCCAGUACUUGGACGGCACCACCGAUGUGACUAGAACAUACCAUUUUGGAACACCAACUGCACUUGAGAAGAAGGCCUUCACUCUGGUCCUUAAGGGACUCAUUGGUAUAGACUCUGCCGUUUUCCCGAAGGGUACAAGUGGAUUUGCGCUGGAUGUCCUUGCCAGGCAAUUCCUGUGGAAGGAAGGACUUGAUUACCUUCACGGAACCGGCCACGGUGUUGGUUCUUAUCUGAAUGUUCACGAAGGACCUAUGGGUAUCGGCUCUCGUGUUCAAUAUACCGAGGUACCUAUUGCCUCCGGUAAUGUCAUUUCUGAUGAACCUGGAUUCUACGAAGACGGCAAGUUCGGAAUCCGUAUUGAGAACAUCAUUAUGGCGCGUGAAGUGCAAACAAACCACAACUUUGGCGACAAGACAUGGUUAGGCUUCGAGCACGUUACCAUGACUCCGAUCGACAAUAACCUCAUUGAGCCGUCCCUCUUGUCAGAUGUCGAGAUUGAGUGGGUGAAUAACGUCGAGAGGAGCGCGCGAUUUGUUAUGAGUGGCAGAAGUGGCUUCGCCAACGGAUACGGGUAUUCCGAUGCCGGGGGAUACGACCGCAGCGAUGGCGGAUAUAGCAACUUAGGUGCCAAUGGAUUUGGAAGCAGUCGCUCAGGUGGAUAUGGUGGAUUUGGCUAUGAAUCGCCGCAGCAGCCCUCCAUUCUGCCCCCGACGCAAUCGCCAGAGCGGCUCCGAGAACGAAUGGAUCGAGGUCGACAACCGCCGUCUUCCUCGCGAUCGCGGACGAGGGAAGGGGACAUGUUACAUCCUACGAGGGAUGGCCGGAGCCCGGGAGAUGCGAGUUCUUAUUCCGGAAAAAGCAGGGAGAGGGGCCGUUCGGAGGUUAGUGAUGCGCCGGGGACGCAGGCGGUCGAAGAUGUACUACGAUCGAUCCAGCGCGAGUGGGACUUCAUGUCUUCCGACGAUUGCGUACCAGUGCAGGUCGCUCUGAGCUUGAUGGAUACGAGUACUCUUGGGAAAGCUGAUCGCGAGCCGGACUUUUUGGACAUGCACGAUCGGAUUCAAAAGACGCUUAAGUCCAUUGUGAACGAGCAUCACCAGGGAUUCAACAGUUCCAUCGGUACAUACCACAAAAUUCAGUCAAAUCUACAAAGCUCGCAGGGUCGGGUGCGUACGCUCAGGAGUGCGCUUGAUGAGGCGAAAGCCGGAUUGCUUUCAACCAAGCCCGAGUUGAAGGGGCUAGCGACAUCUUCCCAGAAAUACGACGAUAUCAUUCAGCUGUUCAACCAAAUUCAAGAAAUCCAGUCGCUUCCAGAGAAGCUGGAGUCCCGGAUAUCCGACAAGCGAUUCCUUGCGGCAGUUGAAGUGCUCCACGAUGCGUUCCGACUUUUGCGUCGCUCAGAGCUCGAGAACAUUGGAGCACUGGGAGACAUUCGCGCCUAUUUCAGCAACCAAGAAAUCUCGCUUACCGAUAUUCUGGUUGAAGAGUUGCACGAUCAUCUGUAUCUCAAAUCACCAUAUUGCUCUGACCGGUGGAAGCCACCAGCGCCCGACAAUGACGGCAGCGGGAAUCCACAUGCCUGGACUGGGAAUGGAUCUUGGGAAAGGCCCGUUUUUGGGUUCCUUGCUAAAUUAGAUGCUUCCUCACCUUUGGUCGAAGAUGCGUCCCGGAACCCGGAGGCUGAUACCUUCCAGUACAUUCGGUUACUGAUUGAAGCCCUGAACAAGAUGGGCAAUUUGGAUAUUGCAGUCAACCAGAUCGAGCAGCGACUUCCCGUGGAACUUUUCACCGUUGUGGACAAGACGAACGCCGAGAUCGAUACACGGUAUCCUAGCUCCCCUGGCGGCUUCGCUCAAGAAAACACGACCGACUCGCCAACGGAGGCCAUUGAGAAGCGCGGUCAUGUUCUGGCAGAAUAUCUGUGGACAUUGUAUUCCAAGUUUGAGGCGAUUGCUGAAGGUCAUCGUGUCCUGCAUGAUGUGAUUGCUGGUAUUGUUGAGCGCGAAGGGAUUCCCAAGGGCAGUGCUCUUUCUGGUGGUUUCAAGGAGUUGUGGAAGCUGUACCAGAGCGAAAUUCGGUCUCUUAUGCACGAUUACCUGGCUACGGAUGGAGAGUCGUCUAUUCGGCCAGAUGAAACUGACAAUAAGCGCCAUAUUUACAACGGCCAAAGAGAUAAAAAUAAGAAAAUGUUCAAACUGUCCGAAAUCGGCCGUAACACGGAGAUGAAAGCUGAGCAAGACGAAUUGGAUGAGAUUAUCCAAACAUCAGUCCCCGGUCUGGUAUCCAAGUCGAGGCAGAGAGCAGUCACCAUGGACAACUCGCAAUCAAGGCAAGGGAAUUCUGGAACUGGACACAAGAUUCUCAUCGAACCGAGCGUGUUCAACAUGGGUCUCCUUCUCCCUCCAUCCCUUCAAUUUAUCCAGAAACUCAAGGAUAUUGUUCCGGUGGACUCGGAAAUCGCUAUGAGCACCUUGACCUCUUUCUUGGACGAUUUCCUUGUUCACGUCUUCCUUCCUCAAUUGGACGAGACCGUCACGGAUCUGUGUACGCUCAGCUUCAUUGCGCCGGACGCAUUUACUGAAGACCCUCACUGGUCGAAGGUGUCUCCUCGGCCUAUUUUCAAGGGUACGGUCAAAUUCAUGUCUAUCAUCAAGGAGUUCAGUAAAAUGCUGUCUAGUAUCCCUCACGACCCAGCAUUUACGCAACUGGUGAUUACCCAGAUUGUGACCUUUUACGACAAGUGCUUUGGAUGGUACAAAGCAAUCGUGGCCAAGGUCUCACGUCGGGCUGAUGCCAGUGUCCAGCUCAAAGCCGCUGCAUCGUACAUUGAAUCAGGUGUCAUUCGAGAUGUGGUCAGCGAACUGAGGGCCGGAAGUGGUAACAAGUCGGAACUCAUCGACAAGGAAACCGACCUCCUUAUCAAACGCACCGAUGAAGUGCCGCUAGAACCAUACGAUAUCAUAUCCGACCCGAAGACAGUCGCUGCCCUCUCUCUCCUUCACAACAGCAUGCAAUGGCUCUCAAGCCACCUCACCAAACUCCGCAAAAUAACAGCCCCAUCAUCCGACUCAACCCAACAACACUCCCGCGCCCACACCUCCGGCCCAGCCCCCCGCCGCUGGACCCUCGUCGGCGCCGCCAUGAAGCCCAAACACGACCACCUCAGCCAACAACAACAAAUCUACCUCCCCCUCAACACCGAAACCGCUCAAGCCUUCGACACAACCCUCCAAUCCCUCCGCGACCUCGCCUCCAGCACCCUUUUUGCCCUCCACGUCGACAUCCGCUGCGGCGUCAUCCACAUGCUCACCCGUACAAUGGCCGGCCCCAACACCCAAGCAGGAAGCCGAACCUCCGAACCAACAACCCCCUCCCCCAACACAGACAACAACUGGUGGCACAUCAUCGCCAACCCACCCACCGCCGCCUCAGCCACAGUCCUAGAACUAAACAACGACCUCAUCGCCUUCGACACAAACGUCUCCGCAUCCCUGGGGCCCUCGGAACGCUGGUUCAUAACCUCCGGGCUUGCCCGCUUCAUCGACCGCACAUUCGUCUCCUGCACGCGACACAUCGGCGCGAUGAACGAAAACGGCGCCCUACGCCUGCAACUCGACGUCCUCGUCUUACAACAAAACCUCAAAAACAUCAUAAUCUACCACCCAGACCACAACCCACUCUCCUCGCACGCCCCCGAACCAGACACAGAGAACCACCAACCCCAAGAAACAUCAGAAGAAGUAGUCGCGCUCCCUCUCAGCGCGAAAUUCCUCGACUGGUUCCUCGAAGGCGCGGUUAAAGCUCUCGACUACGCAAAGGAAGAGAAGGAGUCAUUUACGGCGGAUAGUGCCAAGGCGCUGGCGAGUGGGAACGGGGAGCCGUUUACAUAUGAUGAGUUGAGGGUUUUAGUUGACUUGUGUUUCUCGGAUGUGUUGCGUGGGCCUCGCGGGGCGGAGGAUCGGGAGGGGUUUAUGGCUGCGAAGAAGGCGAGUGCGGAUGCGUUGUUGAGGUUGAAUGAGGUUAUGUGGGAUUCGAGAUGA